GAGAGGCAGCAGUGAACUGAGGCGAACUGUUGGGAACUGACUGACUGACUGACUGACUGACGGAGAGACUCCUGUUGUCGGUCGCUCACGUCGCUGCAGCUUCUCCCCGCAUUUUAUGAGAAAACGACAGCAACUUGAGUCGCUCCACAGAGGUUUGUGGUGCUCCUCUUUAGUGUUUCCUGCUGUUACAUGGUUGCACAGAGCUGAAGCUUCAGGGUGUUGAAGAUGGCAGUGUGGAUCCAGGCCCAGCAGCUUCAGGGAGACGCUCUGCACCAGAUGCAGUCGCUUUACGGUCAGCACUUCCCCAUUGAGGUGCGACAUUAUCUGUCCCAGUGGAUAGAGGGCCAGCUCUGGGAUGCUAUAGACCUGGAGAACCCACAGGAAGAGUUCAAGGCCAAACGGCUGCUCGACAGUCUGAUACAGGAGUUGCAGAACAAGGCUGAGCACCAGGUCGGAGAGGAUGGUUUCCUACUUAAAAUCAAAUUGGGACACUACGCCAGCCAGCUCAAAAGCACGUAUGACCGCUGUCCUCUGGAGUUGGUCCGAUGCAUCAAACACAUCCUCUACACAGAGCAGAGGCUCGUCAGAGAAGCUACAAAUUCGAGCUCUCCGGUGGGCGGAAUGAUGGACAGCAUGUCUCAGAAAUACCAACAGAUCAACCAGGCUUUUGAGGAGCUUCGCCUGCUGACCCAGGACACUGAGAACGACCUGCGCAAGCUCCAGCACAACCAGGAGUACUUCAUCAUCCAGUACCAGGAGAGCCUCCGCAUCCAGGCUCAGCUAACCAGCCUGGCCACGCUGCCCCCUGCUGACCGUCAGCUCCGCGAACCCGCCCUCCUCAGCAAGAGAGCCACUGUGGAGGCAUGGCUGACCAGAGAGGCCAACACACUACAGAAAUACAGACUGGACCUGGCAGAGAAGCACCAGAAAACACUGCAGCUGUUGAGGAAGCAGCAGACCAUCAUUCUGGAUGACGAGCUGAUCCAGUGGAAGAGACGGCAACAGCUGGCAGGCAACGGGGGCCCACCAGAGGGAGGCCUGGACAUCCUUCAGUCCUGGUGUGAAAAGCUGGCAGAAACUAUCUGGCAAAACAGGCAGCAAAUUCGACGGGCAGAGCACCUCAGACAACAGCUGCCCAUCCCUGGUCCUAUUGAAGAGCUCCUUAAUGAACUCAACAGCACAAUCACAGACAUCAUCUCAGCACUGGUCACAAGCACCUUCAUCAUUGAGAAACAGCCUCCUCAGGUGUUAAAAACCCAAACCAAGUUUGCCGCCACAGUGCGCCUCCUAGUGGGUGGGAAGCUAAACGUGCACAUGAACCCUCCGCAGGUCAAAGCCACCAUCAUUAGUGAACAGCAAGCCAAGGCCCUGCUGAAAAAUGAGAACACAAGGAAUGACAGCAGUGGGGAGAUUUUGAACAAUAACUGUGUGAUGGAGUACCACCAGACUACAGGCACUCUCAGUGCCCACUUCAGAAACAUGUCUUUAAAAAGGAUCAAGCGAUCGGACAGACGAGGAGCCGAAUCGGUCACAGAAGAGAAGUUCACCAUUCUGUUCGAGUCCCAGUUUAGUGUUGGAAGCAAUGAGCUUGUCUUUCAAGUGAAGACUCUAUCACUCCCCGUAGUGGUGAUAGUUCAUGGUAGCCAAGACAAUAAUGCCACAGCAACCGUGCUAUGGGACAAUGCUUUUGCAGAGCCGGGACGGGUGCCUUUCCUCGUGCCAGAUAAGGUUCUUUGGCCUCAGCUGUGUGAUGCCAUCAACAUGAAGUACAAGGCAGAGGUGCAGAGUAACCGAGGCCUGUCUGAGGAGAACCUGGUCUUCCUGGCUCAAAAGGCCUUCAGCAGCUCGAGCAACAACCCAGACGACUACCGGAGCAUGACAAUGACCUGGUCACAGUUUAAUAGGGAAAGCUUGCCAGGAAGGAACUUUACAUUUUGGCAGUGGUUUGAUGGUGUAAUGGAACUCACAAAAAAGCAUCUCAAACCACACUGGAAUGACGGAGCUAUCUUAGGCUUUGUGAACAAGCAGCAGGCUCAAGAUAUGCUGAUGUCCAAACCCAACGGUACCUUCCUUCUGCGCUUUAGUGACUCUGAGAUCGGAGGAAUCACAAUUGCCUGGGUGGCAGAAAACCCUAACAAAGCAGGUGAGAGAAUGGUUUGGAACCUCAUGCCCUACACAACCAAAGACUUCUCCAUUCGCUCUCUGGCUGACCGCAUUAGCGAUCUCAAUCACCUCCUGUUCCUCUACCCUGACAGACCCAAGGAUGAGGUUUUCUCCAAGUAUUACACCCCACCCCUCUCUAAAGCAGUGGACGGUUAUGUGAAGCCACAGAUCAAACAAGUGGUGCCUGAGUUUGCAACAGUCAAUCCAGACCCAGCAAGUGGGAAUCCGACCUAUAUGGAUCAAGGUGCCUCUCCAGCACCUGUCAAUCACCCUCAUGCCUAUGGCAUAUACCCACCUAUGAGUGACUCGAUGUUGGAUACGGACGGAGACUUUGACCUAGAUGACACCAUGGACGUGGCGAGACAUGUGGAGGAGCUUCUGCGGCGGCCCGUAGAGAGCCAGUGGGGCGGCCAGCAGUCCUGACCCGCCACUUUUUUGAACCGCGACAACACCAAACGAACCCUGCCUCCCAACUUGCCCCAUUUGCAUUGACAUGGUUCAAUUCCAUUCAUUUUCUCUUUUUUUCAUAUUGUUCUAAUGUGAAAUGUUAAUAAUGGUUGUGAUUUUUUUUUUCUUUUCAGCAUGACAGCAUGCAUGUCAGUGACUUCUUUUAGUUUUGUUAGUGUUCAUAAGUGUUUGUAAAACAGACUGGGUUUUAUGCAAAACCUACAAUGUUACAGUAUUGUGAAAAAGAAAAGAAGUAAUGUUCAUCUACAUUGUGCAUGCAUUUCCAAUUGAUUUAAUACAGAUUUUUCAAAAAAAAAUGCUACUGUAUGAAGUUAUUUUAGGAGCUGAAUGUUUUUAUUUUAUAUUUUCUUUUUUGUAAAUGGGUUAUCAGUAUUUUGAUAGUGACACUGAUCUCACCCUUUGAUGAAAAAGGAGUUAUAAUGAAGAGUUUUGCUUUUUGCUCUUAACAACAUAAUCUGAGUCAUUGCUCUGGAGAGUUACAGUCCGCUACUUCGUCCAUGUACACUAACCUAAAGGCAGAGCGACUCUCUUUGCUCUCUGCAGCUCACAGCACACACAUCAACACACGGUACACGAGUUUAAGAUGUAUGUAUUUGUUCUGAUUUGUUCACCAGCUGAAAGGAGGGGAGUUUGUGCAGCUCCCUCACUCUCACAGGGCUAUUCGUCUUCUGUUUGUACACAGAAAUGCAAAUCUAAGCAUUUACCCAGUGCUGCCUGCUUGUCCUCUCAGGUCUCUCUGUUCCUCUCAUCGAUGCUACCUCUCAUUAUUCUACUGACAGUUGUUGUUACUUUGGGUUCUGUUGUUGUUUCUGCACACCAUUCACACCAGUAGGUACGGUCAGUGGAUUUUUGUUCUUGUAAAUUGCUUAAGACUGUGCGAUGAAGAUCCCUCGCUCGCUGAGGUCUAACUCUGUCGGCUGACUACACUGCCUGUCCAUCUGUUUGUUCCUGUAGCUGCGUCAUGACACUUUGGCAAAAUGAGCAUGUGCAUUGUAUCUGUGACAACAUGAGCGUGCCAGCAGCUGACGUUGACAGAUACAGUAGGUUGCGGGCUUUGAAUACUUGCACAGACUCACCAGCUGCUGGGCCACAUUUAGAAUUGUACGAUGUUUCGUUGUGUCAGUUUGUUCUUUGUCUGACUUUCAAUUUUCGGUCAAGAUUUUCACUGUGCGUCCUCUCUUAGCUACACGUGUACGAUAAUUGUUUAAAACAGCCUUGCACCUCAGGAAUGAAUCGCUUUGCUUAGCAGAUGUUUAAGCCAAAUAGAAAACAAACUGUGUAUACUGAAUAUAUAAAAUUUAUUUUCUCUAUCAUAAUUCUAUUUUAUUAUUGUUUCUCUGGCACUCCCCCAAUUGAAUGUAACCUCUUUGCAUGACCCAGAGGAUUUAUGUGUAAUACCUCCUCCGUCUGAGCAGAAGUCUCAUGUGACCAGGAGUACACAGAGCAACUGGAAAUCAAAGAAGAAUCUAUCGUGUACUUUUGUGUUCGUCCAAUACACAUUACAGUAUUCAAAAUAUUCCCUUACUUUUUUUUUUUUUGCAUUUCUUUCUUUCCAGUUUUAGCUAUCUCAAGCUACAUGGGCAAUCUUGUGGAUAUAUCCUGCAUUACCAUUAUUCUCAUCAUUUUUGAGCUUUGUUCCACUGUAGACUGUGUCUUUUUUGAUGAUGUAGAUGGCGCUGUGUGCUGUUUGAUGUAUGUACCAUGUUUGUGGUUUGGGUUUAUCGCUUGGACAUUUUCCAAGUGAAACAGCAGUUGAGUUGAAAAGAAGAAAAUAAAGUUUUAUAAAUAAUUUGAA